AUGUCAACGAUAACAACGAUAACUACUAAUGAAAAUAAAGACAUCAGAAAUGAAGGCAAAAAUAUAGAUGACGAAAACAAUAUGAUUGAUGUUAUAGUCAUUAAAUCAUAUAAAAUUAACUCGGAAUUAUUAAAUAAAUACUUGGCACAAUUACCUCGAAACAAUAAGCUUGAUAAUAUUCGCAAAAUGCUCCUAAAAAAUGAAUAUGAUAGUGAUGAUGAUCUCAAUAUGGGAUCAAAUUGUCGUUUUUUACAUUUUUCACAAGACAAAGCGGAAAUUAAUCCAAGUAAAGAAUCUAACUUCGGCCUUUUAGAUAUCGUUGAAAAAAAAGAUAGUAAAUAUUUUUUAUAUAUUAUUCAGAAGGCUGAAUAUGAUUUAACCCAAUUAAAGUUUGAAAAAGGAUUCAAAUUUAAUAAAGAUAAUUCUCAACAUGAAAUAGUUUAUGAAUGCAAUCACGAAACAACUGCAGAAUGUAAACGAUCCCUAAUUUUUGAUGUAAAUCUUUCAGCUGCCUUUCCAGAAUGGAUUUCUGUUUCAAUUAAGUUAUCGCAUGAAAAUUCAAAUCAAAUGCUUAAGCUACAUAUGGCGAAUACCAGACAUUCAUGUGAACGGACAAUAAGAGGAGUAAUAUCUAUUUUAAAUGAAAAUAUUAUUGUAGAAAAAAAGUUUAUUGAAGAUGUUGAAAAUGUGGUGAAUGAUACAAUUAAUGAUGAUAAAAUAAGUAAACUUUACGAAAUAUCAGAAAAGUACGGCCAUUUUUAUGCACGGCGUCUUAUUUUAGGUGGAACAAUAAUAAGGAAUAAAGAAUAUACUAAAAAUUCGGGUGUGUUUUUGAAGUCUGAAUUCAUGUCUUCCGAAAAAACCAAUACAAAAACUACCAAUGUACAAGGUGGAGUCGGAAUCGCAAGCAUCCUUAAGCCUGAAUUUAAUGUUGUUAAUGACAAUAAGGAUAUGGAUAACAAUUAUAAUAGCAAAACAAAUUGCCUUGAAACCAUUAUUGGUGGAACAGAAAAUUUUCAAGAUAAAGAUCUUUGGAGAAAAUCUCUUAAUGAUGAAACUAAAUGGAAAAUAAUCGGAUAUGAAGGAGUUUAUUCAUUAUUUGAAUUAUUAGAUAAUGAAUUGAAAAAAAAAGUGUUGAACGUCAUGGGUCAUCAAAUUUUAGAAGCCAAAAUCGAUGACAUCUCUUUCAACACAAAAAAAUAUGAAAAAGAUAAAAAACCAUAUAUCUAUAAAGAGUUGCCGAAAAUCAAAAAUAUUAGCGAGUGCAAUAUCCUUGCAUCAAUUAUGAGCAAGGAAUACAAUGUAUUUUCGCUACAUAUGGAUUAUAUGAGCGGAGAUAAAAACCGUCCUGUGAUUGUUAUUCAUCAUAUUCAAGGUGAAAAAACUUUAAUACCUCAUAAUAAAGUUAAAGAAGUUAAAAUUAAACUCGGAUGGAUUAUCGUUGGACCACAAACAAGCUUCGAUUUUAGUACCAAAUAUCCACAAAUAUUUAAAAGUAAGAAAUACAAACUUCUUAAAGAUAAGGUGCCUAUAAUAAGUAACGAUGACGGCAUGUUUGGCACUUGCGUCUUAGAAGCAACUAAUAUUACUCAAGUAGAAAAUAGCUCGGAUAAAGAAACGGAUGCUUUCCCAAUCGAACACGACCCAAGUAAGUUAUCACUUGUCACUGGCAAUUACCUUAAACGCAAAGAAACUGUAUGUCAAGUGCUUGCACAGUGGUUUGUUUAUGACAUUAAAAAAAAAGAACCAGUAACCAACGAAGAUGUCUUGAAAAGAUUGUCUUUCUACAGUUGUGUUUUCGAUAAAACAAAUUCUCAUCAAGUUAAAAUUAAAUGGAAGAAUGGAUCAAAUAAGAAAAUAUUAUAUAGUACUGAAGAAAUUAAAAUCUCUAAUGAUAGUUUAAUUUUGGUGAAUCAAAUCUUCAACCAUGAUGAUUGUAAAGAUUUUCAACCUCUAGGAUUUAUUAAUAUUAUUUCCGAUAAAAUUUUUUAUGGUUCAUUAAAUUCAGAAAAUUCAAAACGUCCGAAUGUAAUUGUUUAUCUACCAAUUCCUCUGAAAUUACUAUGA